CUGCUAUGUAUGACCUGUCUCUGGCCUUGGCGUGUAGCGCGGUGCUGCUAGUUGUCAGUGAGUGCUGGCUGUAGGACUUAAUUAACGCCAACUAGCUAGUGUUCCUGUCCGACAAGUCGGCUAGUAAACUGGGAGCCGUUACAGCGGACCUGAGCCACAAUGCUGAAAUGUAGAACAGUAUGGAAGAAGCUUGCACCACUUGCUCGAUCCUCCUCCACUGUGUGCCGGCAGAAUGUGAGAAGAGCAGGGUUGAAUAAUGGCAGAACACCAGCAUGUGUACCUGCGGCUCACAUGUCCACUGGACCUGCAGGGGGAGGUAGGGAAACCCAGCUGUACAUCCUUUUGGUUGGAGCAGCCUGCGUUGGCGGUGGACUAUAUGCAUACCGAACUGUCACAGGAGACCAAAAAAGAUAUCAGCAGCGAAUUGAUGAAAUUGCAGCCAGACAGAAUAAAACAGCCGCAGGAAAACCAGCCACACUCGUCCAGUCAGAGGCUCCUGCCGUGGAAGCUAUUGAGACAGAAACCGUUGCUGAGCCAGCACCUGAAGCAGCGCCGUCACCCGAACCUGAAGCAGCACCGUCAUCAGAAGAGCCGAGCCCUCUGGCCCCUGAUGCAGAAGUAGCAGCCUCCACUGAAACAACUGAAACACCCCCAGCAGAUGAGCCAGUGCUAGAAGCAUCUCCAGAGGAGGCAGCAGAACCACCUGCUGCUCCUGUAGUGGAGGAGGAACCAUCACUUCCCCCUGAGCCAUCCUCAGCUGAGCUUACAGAGCCCCCUGCACCUGUUGUAGAGAGUGAACCUACAGCAGCAGCAGAAAGCCCCGCAGCAGAGCCAACCAAGCCUCAACCUGAAGUUGUGGCAGAGAGUGCAGAUGAGCUAGUGCUGGAAGCAUCUCCAGAGGAGGCAGCAGAACCACCUGCUGCUCCUGUAGUUGAGGAGGAACCAUCACCUGCCCCUGAGCCGUCCCCACCUGAGCUUACAGAGCCCCCUGCACCUGUUGCAGAGAGUGAACCUACAGCAGCAGCAGAAAGCCCUGCAGCAGAGCCAACUGAGCCUCAACCUGAAGUUGUGGCAGAGAGUGAAGACUCAUCACCUGCCAUUCUCAAGGUCCCAUCACACGCCCCCUACCUCCUUAUUGGCGGAGGUACUGCCUCUUUUGCUGCUGCCCGGUCUAUUCGAGCCAGAGAUCCCGGUGCCAAGGUGUUAAUUGUGACUGAUGAGCCAGACCCUCCAUACAUGAGACCACCUCUCUCUAAGGAACUUUGGUUCUCUGACGACCCCAGUGUGACAGAAACACUGCGUUUCAAACAGUGGAAUGGAAAGGAAAGGAGUAUCUACUUCCAGCCACCAUCAUUCUACAUUAGCACAGAAGAACUGGACAGUGCAGAAAAUGGUGGGGUUGCAGUUCUCAGCGGCAAAAAGGUGGUUCACAUGGAUGUGAGGGGAAACAAAGUAAAGCUGGACGAUGAUACUGAGAUUUCAUAUGACAAGUGUUUGAUUGCUACAGGCGGUGUGCCAAGAAAUCUUCAGGUCAUUGAGAGAGCAGGAGAGGAGGUGAUGAAGAGGACAACGUUGUUCCGCAAGAUCGAGGACUUCAAAUCACUGGAUAAAGUCUCCAGAAACAUCAAGUCCAUCACAAUCGUUGGAGGCGGCUUCUUGGGCAGCGAGCUGGCCUGUGCCCUUGGCAGGAGAUCAACCGAGAGUGGCCUGGAGGUGAUACAGAUGUUCCCUGAGAAGGGCAACAUGGGAAAAGUGUUGCCUGAGUAUCUGAGCAACUGGACAACAGAAAAAGUCAAGAGAGAGGGUGUGAAGAUCAUUUCAGAAGCUUUGGUGAAAGCUGUGGUCUGCAAAGAUGACAAGUUAGAAAUCCAGCUGAAGGAUGGCCGAUUGGUGAAAACUGACCACAUUGUUGCAGCUGUUGGCCUGGAGCCCAAUGUUGACCUUGCCAAGUCAGCAGGUCUGGAGGUGGACUCUGACUUCGGUGGUUUUAGGGUCAAUGCGGAGCUGCAAGCUAGAUCCAAUAUUUGGGUGGCAGGAGACGCUGCGUGUUUCUAUGACAUCAGACUGGGCCGCAGACGAGUGGAGCACCACGAUCACGCCGUCGUGAGUGGAAGACUAGCAGGAGAGAACAUGACAGGAGCCAGCAAGCCCUACUGGCAUCAGUCCAUGUUCUGGAGUGACCUGGGUCCAGAUGUGGGCUACGAGGCGAUUGGGAUUGUUGACAGCAGCCUGCCAACAGUAGGAGUGUUUGCCAAAGCCACUGCCAAGGAUACACCUAAAGCUGCUACUGAGCAGUCAGGGACUGGGAUCCGCUCGGAAAGUGAAACAGAGGACACUGCUACCAGCCCAGUGGCCUCCUCAUCUCCUGCUCCUGCUAUGGUGCAGCACCAAGAUGAGUACGGAAAGGGAGUCAUCUUCUACCUGAGAGACAAAGUGGUGGUGGGCAUUAUCCUGUGGAAUGUGUUCAACAGAAUGCCCAUCGCAAGGAAGAUCAUCAAGGAUGGAGAGGAACAUGCAGAUCUGAACGAAGUGGCCAAACUGUUCAACAUCCACGAUGAUUAAGAUGGAGGCUGGCACUCACUGUGGGAGGGGAGUUACGCUUCAUGUGAAGACUGAACUUUGGCAGCCAUUGCCGCACUCUUGAAGACAGAACUGAUCACACAUACAAACAAGGAGGAAUCGUGAAUUAUGUCAUGUCGCUGAGAUAUUUUUCAUAUUUGGAAUUUGUAUCUGUUGCACCUGCUUUGUUUGUUUGUUUUUUUUUCUAUCCCGGAGAAAACGUCUCAUAUUCCACCAAAUGUUUUGCUCAUGUUUUUUUUUUUUUUUAAAUCAUGCUCAAGAUGUGAUGUCCUGCUUCUCCCCACCAGGCUGAAGAUGCUGAGCAUGGAUUAUUGUUUUCCUCUGUGUGAUCAGAGCAGCUUGUCACAAGGGAAGCUGCAAUAAAAGCUAUUUUUAAAUCGGA